AUGGCGCCGAAGAGGGCUCAAGAGGAGGGCUCAAGAGGAGGGCCGAACGCCCGCGCGAAGCUCAAGAGGAGGGCCGCGCCCAUGUGCACCAAAGAGGGCGCCGUCGCCAUGCAGUGCGCCAUUCCGCCGCCGCCUUGCGCUUCCGUGCCAAUGGCAGCCGCGGCGGCGGCUCCGCCGCCCGCCGCUGCGGCGGCGGCUCCCGCAGCGGGAGCGGCGCAGCUGCCCUCGCCGCAGCCGUCCCAGACACAGCCGCCCGCUGGCGACGGGGCCGCGGACCAGGCAAGCGAGGGAGCUGCCCGGGAUUACACCCGCGUGCCCAGAGAGAUGGACCAGCAGUUCGAGGCCCUAGACACCGACGGCGCCCUUCGGCCCACCAUCAUCAGCCCCGGUGACCUGUGGCGCAAGAGGUCGCAGAAGGCCCUCUUGGCCAAGCCUGCGGACACCGUCCUGGACGGCGACGAGCAGAAGCGGGAGCGCGACGCAGCUUUCGACCUCCUCGACGCCCUGACCAAGUCGGGCGCCCUGCCUGUGGACGCCGCGACACUUCACGUUGUGGUGGCUGCCACGCACUGUUUCGACAAAACCGUCACGAGCACGGUGAUCGAGGACAAUGUGUCACCCAUUGAGAAGGUGGAGCGCUCUUCCCUGAUCAUGGCGGCCACGGUGCACCGGGUGCCCGUGGCGGCCCUUCUGGAGGGCUCGCAGCUCUCGCGGGUGCGCGGCAGCUGCCCGGCCCUCUUCGUGGAAGACGGCAGGGCGAGCUCGGUGGUCUGA